AUGCGGAGAGCCGCCGGGAUGGAGGACUACUCCGCAGAGGAGGAGGAGUCCUGGUACGACCAUCAGGACCUGGAGCAGGACCUGCACCUGGCCGCUGAGCUCGGGAAGACCCUGCUGGAGAGGAACAAGGAGCUGGAGGAGUCCCUGCAGCAGAUGUACUCCACCAAUGAGGAGCAGGUGCAGGAGAUUGAGUACUUGACCAAGCAGCUGGACACACUGCGUCUCGUGAAUGAGCAGCAUGCCAAAGUGUACGAGCAGCUGGACCUGACGGCCAGAGACCUGGAGCUGACCAACCAAAGGCUGGUGUUGGAGAGUAAGGCUGCCCAGCAGAAGAUCCACGGGCUGACAGAGACCAUUGAGCGUCUCCAGUCCCAGGUUGAGGAGCUGCAGGCCCAAGUAGAGCAGCUGCGAGGCCUGGAACAGCUUCGGGCUCGCCGGGAAAAGCGGGAGCGCAGGAGGACCAUCCACACCUUCCCCUGCCUGAAGGAGCUGUGCACAAGUCCUCGCAGGUGUGAGGAUGCCUUCCGCCUACACAGUUCCUCGAUGGAGCUGGGCCCUCGGCCCCUGGAGCAGGAAAACGAACGACUUCAGACCUUGGUGGGGGUGCUACGGUCCCAGGUGAGCCAGGAGCGACAGCGCAAGGAGCGGGCAGAGCGCGAGUACACAGUGGUGCUCCAGGAGUACACGGAGCUGGAGCGACAGCUGUGUGAGAUGGAGGGCUGCCGCCUGCGUGUGCAGGAGCUGGAGGCGGAGCUGCUGGAGCUGCAGCAAAUGAAGCAGGCCAAGACCUACCUGCUGGCCCGGGAGGAGCACCUGGCCGAGGCGUUGCUGGCGCCCCUCACUCAGGCUCCUGAGGCUGAUGACCCCCAGCCGGGCAGUGGAGAUGACAGCAAUGCCCAGGAUGGUGUCUCCUCACCUGCAGCCUCCCCCAGCCACGCAGUGCGCAAGAGCUGCAGUGACACAGCACUCAAUGCCAUAGUGGCCAAAGACCCAGCCAGCCGUCAUGCUGGCAACCUCACGUUGCAUGCCAACAGUGUGCGCAGGCGCGGUAUGUCUAUCCUGAGGGAGGUGGAUGAGCAGUACCACGCGCUGCUGGAGAAAUAUGAGGAGCUGCUGAGCAAGUGCCGGCAGCAUGGUGCUGGGGUGCGGCACGCGGGCGUGCAGACCUCGCGGCCCAUCUCUCGGGACAGCUCAUGGAGGGACCUACUAGGGGGUGAGGAGGGCCAGGGAGAGGGCAAGGCGGGUGAGAAGAGCCUAAGCCAGCACGUGGAGGCUGUGGAUAAGCGGCUAGAGCAGAGCCAGCCCGAGUACAAGGCGCUCUUCAAAGAGAUCUUCGCCAGGAUCCAGAAGACCAAGGCCGACAUCAAUGCCACCAAAGUCAAGACGCACAGCAGCAAGUGACCCCACUGUAGGUCUGCAGCCUCCCUCUGCCUCCUCGCCGGAGGGAGGGCUCCCUCAUGCCUGGAUUCCCUCUGCCUCCUCGCCGGAGGGCUCCCUCAUGCCUGGAUGGCAGCCUCUUGGCAAGUGAGAGGGCCCCUUACUCAGCAAUAUAUCACAGCAGGUGGCUGGAGCGGAAGAAGGGGCCCUCUCUGAUUUGGGGACACAGCCUGUUUCCUGCUGGUGGCUCUGCUCACCUGUCCUGCCUCUCUUGGCCACUUUGCUUCAGCUUGAAGGCACAGCUUAGUUUAAAAGCCAAACACUCCACCCCACCUGGCCACUGUCCCUGAGGGCUUUUCAGCUUCCUCAACCCUCUGUUUCUGAACCCCAAGCCUCACUCUCAGAUUGUCCCCAGUCUUCUGCAAGCCUUUUUGGCUUAACUGAUUUCUUUUUUUUUACCCUUCCAAAGUUGCUUUUCUGAGAGAUUUGCAAUGCAAGGUCUCCUUAAGCCUUGCCACAACUGGAAACACUUGAAAGGGAAUCUCAGAGCCAGCCAUUGCUGGUGUCUGGGGUCUCCUAGACCAUCCACUGCUUCUUGCCAGCCACAACUGUCAUUCCCUUAGCACCAGCUGUACCUCUCCCAGAGUUCUGAGCAGGGCGCAGAUGGCUCCCACCUUGCUGAGCAGAAAGUUUUAGCUAGGCCCGAGUGUACCCACUCCGGCCCUGGCAAAGACCCUCAGCUCACCACACAUCUGUAGCCAGUCUGAACAGCGGAAGAGGGAGCCCUCAACAGCCAUACAUGGGUAGUGUCCCUUCCUCUCAGAGCCAACCUCCUCAAGUUCCAUUCCUGGAAAUACUAUGGGCAUGAAGCUUUCCAGGGGCUCGGAGGGUAGGAAGUGCCCCAAGCCUGCACACCACCUCUGCUUUCCUUCCUUUCCCUGCGCCUGCCCCAUCUCAGGGACCAUGAUGUCUCAUCCACUCCUCACUUCCUCAGGCCAGCCCUGGUACAGUUCACAUCUGCAGCCUUCUGAAUGUCCUGUGCAAGUGUCACCAACCCAGGUCCUAGUGUCCAACUCUAUCCUUCACCAGGGACUGUAGGAUCCUUAUUCCAUGUUGAGUUUUUUGUUUUCUUUUUGUUUGGUUAGUUGAGUUAUUUUGUUUUGUUUUUUUAGUUUAGUUUAGUUUUGUUUUGUUUUGUUUUGUUUCGAGACAGGGUUUCUCUGUAGCCUUGGCUGUCCGGGAACUCACUCUAGACCAGGCUGGCCUUGAACUCAGAGAUCUGCCUGCCUCUGCCUUUCAAGUACUGGGAUCAAAGGUGUGCAAUGCCACCACUGCCCAUCCCUUACAUUGAGUAUUCUUUUCUUUUUGGUUUUUCGAGAUGGGGUUUCUCUGUGAAGCCCUGGCUGUCCUGGACUGGCUUUGUAGACCAGGCUAGCCUCUGAGAUCUGCCUGCCUCUGCCACCCCGAGUGCUGGGACUACAAGCAUCUGCCACUGUGCCCAGCUAUCUUGAUUAUUCUUAAGUUGAAGAAGUUUCUUCUUUCCCACCUUCCUACAGAAUGCCUGCUCUCUACCUCCCGCCUUUAUGGGAGUGGUUUUUGAGGUCUCACCUGGGUCAAGGGUUCAGUAUUUUAGUCUAGGACUUCAGAAAGUCAGGGUCCAUCUAAGAGAUGCCUAGGUCCCCAGCCUGCCCUCUGGUUCCUUCUGCCACCCUUCCCAAGACCCUGUAAAUCAAAGGAGCCAUACAAUCCAGUGGGAGGCAUUGACUUUGGCCUCGGCGCUGGGAGCCCAGUGGGAACCGUCACGCCUUACCUUUUUCUAAUGGGUAAAGGGGCUUUCUUAUCAAGCAUGUCUGACAUCCCCGGAGAGGCUACAUCGCUCCAGGUGGCACUGUGAUGCCAGCUGGCAGCUGGAUCCUUCUGUUCAUGUAACUUGGAACCGUUUGUCCUUUGGGGCUGGGCACCCCCAAGCCCUCUAUAUGUCUCUGUCAUCUGGGGAUAGAGGAGGAACUCAGGCCCACUCACUUCCCCGGUUCUGUAGCCGCUGACCAGUGUCACCUUCGAAGUAUACAUGAGAGAAAUAUAUUUACAAAUGCUUUAUUCUCUUCUUUAAUAAAAAGAAAAAAUGCACCAGUAUUCUAAAGGCAGGGGUGACCCUGGGGCCAUCGUCUCGUCUCUGCGCCUCACAGGCUUGCCUCCUGUCAUUCACCACUGCAGGUGAGGGUGUAUCUGAGCUCUGCACCCCUGAGCUCCGCGUUUCUUUGAGGUCACUGUGGCCCCUGAACUCUCAGCUUUUUCUUGAUUGCUUGUCCAUCAUUAGACAGCUCUUGGAGAGGUCUGUGCGUGUCUGUGCAGAACCAGCUUUGCCAAGCACGCUGAUGAACAAAACACAAAGGGUCUGUGUUGCCCUGGAGUGUACAUUCUGGCUUGGGGAGAUUCCCCCAA